UCGGAUACACUUCCUAUUUAUGAGCCUGGACUAAAAGAAGUGGUCGAGUCUUGCCGAGGAAAGAAUCUUUUCUAUUCUACAAAUAUUGAUGAUGCCAUCAAAGACGCAGACUUGGUUUUUAUUUCAGUUAAUACACCAACAAAGACCUAUGGUAUGGGAAAAGGCCGUGCUGCAGACCUGAAAUACAUUGAAGCUUGUGCCAGGCGAAUUGUCCAAAACUCCAAUGGUUACAAAAUUGUUACAGAGAAAAGUACAGUGCCAGUGCGGGCAGCUGAAAGUAUUCGGCGUAUAUUUGAUGCCAACACUAAGCCUAAUUUGGACCUGCAGGUGCUGUCUAACCCAGAGUUUUUAGCUGAGGGAACAGCAAUUAAAGACUUAAAAAAUCCAGACCGAGUGCUGAUUGGUGGUGAUGAGACUCCCGAGGGACAGAAGGCGGUCCAAGCUCUCUGUGCUGUUUAUGAGAAUUGGGUUCCAAAAGAGAGGAUUAUUAGGACUAACACGUGGUCUUCAGAGCUCUCUAAAUUGGCUGCAAAUGCUUUUCUUGCGCAGCGGAUCAGCAGUAUUAACUCCAUUAGCGCCCUGUGUGAAGCGACGGGGGCGGAUGUUGAGGAGGUGGCCAUGGCCAUCGGUAUGGACCAAAGAAUUGGAAGCAAGUUUCUGAAAGCCAGUGUCGGAUUUGGUGGUAGCUGUUUCCAGAAGGAUGUGCUGAAUUUAGUUUAUUUAUGUGAAGCCCUGAACUUGCCUGAAGUUGCACGGUACUGGCAGCAGGUGAUUGAUAUGAAUGACUAUCAGAGAAGGAGAUUUGCUUCCCGGAUUAUUGAUUGCCUCUUUAACACAGUGACUGACAAGAAGAUUGCUCUGCUCGGAUUUGCAUUCAAGAAGGACACUGGAGACACA